UAUUAUUUGCUUGAUGUUCGUGAUUGGCGGCAGUCGGCUCUUGCCAGUGGACGCGAACGGUGGUUUGUUCGUAUUGUAGUUAAGUCGACAGCUGCACAUGAAAAUGGCGUAGUAAGGUGGUAUAAUGCCGUAAUUCUGAUCGCAUAAAUGUUCCGUGAGAAGUUUUGAACAGCGAACAGGGAUUUACCACUUGACUUUUCAAGCAUCUGUAACGAUACCGUCCAGUCGAGAGCAUUGUGAUUAAUUUGAUAGCUCCGCUUAUUCUAAUAGCAGCGUGAAAUGUGUAUUGUGUGUUGGUGACUUGUACUGUGAUUUGACAACGCAUGUGUUCGAGUUCCUCGUAACGUUUUGAAGUUCGCAUGGAAGUGUACAGGCUCGAUUAAGCUAACGUGAUUAGAUCUUCAUAAGGGAAACACAAAAAUGGCAUUUAAACUUGAGAGAAAUCGUGAAUUUUUCCUCGUGACAGCUUGACGACCUCGACUCCAGACGAGUUCAAGAUGGCGCCACCGGCAUUUUGACACUUGCACAAGAUUCGUCAGCUGGAUUUUACAACCGUUCCGAGCUUCGAUUAUUAUGAGCAGAGAAUUUUACGUUCCUUGUACACCUUACGCUUAUCAGUGUGGCAUUGGCGCUGCCUUAACAGAAGGCGCCGUCGGAAGCGUCAGUGGUACUGGCAGCGGUGGAAACAGCAGCAGUGGCGGUGGAAACAGCAGCAGUGGCGGUGGCAUGGAUUGCAUGCCCCUACGACCAGGUCCUUUUCACUACCUGAUAAACGAGCAGGCGAAGUCCUUGAUCGCCCUGCAGGAGCUCCAGAAUGAGGUCGGCGCCCUUCUCGAGUUCCGGGACCUCGUCAUCGAGACGUUCCCAAACCUCCGGCACAAGAUGGCCGCGACGGCAUCCGCGGGAGCGUCUGUGACGUCAUCGUCCUGUACCCAAAAUUCCCACAUCCCUUUGCCGCUAUCCAGUCCAUCAUCGAGACGAAUCAACGAAUGGGAGCCCGGAAAGGUUAGGAGACGAGUUCCGCGCGAAGGUGCUGAAUCUUCAUCGUCUUCGUUGCCGAGGAGUCGCAGUAACUCGCACAGUGGCGGCACGAAGAACAACUGUAGCGCCACGGUCCAGGAUUCUGGCUUUAGCACGGAAACAUCUUCCAAGGACAGUGCUUCAACAGCGAUAGCGCCAAGGCCGAAUAGUCCUAGACCUACUGUUCUCGACGAGGCGGAAGACGAGCUGUGGAAUCUUCUGGACGUGAUCCAUCGUAAAGGAAUCAGACUCAGAGAAGAGGUAGAAUGUUUGCAAGGUCGAUUAGAGAGCGUAGCAUCUGAAGAUCUAGCGUCUACCGAUAUCUUGGAUGCUGUGAGAAAGGUUACGUGUCUGGAGAAUGAAAAGACAACGACAAUACCGACCGAAGAGGAUAAACAGGACAAAGACAAAGAUUCUCAAGUAGUGACGCUGAGGAGGGAGAAGGAGCAACUUCUGGAUAAGGUGGCAGAGCUCGAGGCGGAGACGAUAUCCAGUCGAGCUAGAGCGCAGGAACUUCAAUCCGAGUUAGCCGCGUUGUCUGCUUUGAAAACUGGUCUCGAGGAUCGACUCCGGGCUGGACUGAGCGAAGCAUCCGCGGAUGUCCUUGCGCCAGGUGCUCAGAGGUUGCAACCCAUAGCAUCCGCGGCGCCUGUCGUCUCGCCGCCGAAAAGCAAUAACGUUAGCAAUAUUAAAAGCAAGUCUUCGGCGUUUGCGUCAGUUGCGACGUCCACAAAGGCUCAUAAAAGUCGCUUCCGGACAAGGACCAUAGAGAAAAACGUUUUGUUGGACGUCACAGCCCAUAAUGAGGAGCUACGCGAUAUCGAUGUGGAGGCGAGUGUAAAUGAAAGGAGAGCACGUCUGGGUGCGUUGGAUUCCGUCCUUGUGUCACCUACCAGAGUUGCGCACGUUAAGGAUGUCGACUCGAAGAAGAUAGCUGCCAUUCUACGAGAAAACUCACCUCUUGAGCUGCAGCGGCAUUUAAUUACUACUACCGUCCAUAAUCAGGUCCUACAAAAAAGGUUAGAUGAAGUACAAAAAAGUACAGAAACUCUUUCCGAACGAUUAGACAAGGCACGGGAGGAAAACGACGACUUACGUUUCCAGCUGGAGGAGAGAAACAUCGAAUUGGAAGGUACACGAGCGCGCGUUCGCGUACUAGAAAGACUUCAGCAGCGACCACCAACGGAAAUAGAUCCGGAGGCGGACGGUGAUCAGCCAAGGUGUGAGCAGAAUGGUCUCGAGCCAGGAAGUAGCACAGAGUCGGCUCGCGAUCAUCAUCAAGCCGUCGAGGUGAAACCGUCGCCCCGGCGACGUCCUAGCCGUAUACCUUUACCCGGUGCUACGACGAAGGCAGCAGCACCCAGACCACCUAGCCACGGAAGGAACGACAGCAAGGAAUCGUUGAAAUCGUUAACAAGGCCGCCGCGCGAUUCUAGUCGCGACAGUCAUGGUGGCAAGUCUUUGUCGAAGGCUCGUGACUCAAAUCGAGAUUCCCUCGGGAACAAAAGCCUGACCAAGAAUAGUAACAACAACAACAGCACCGGCGGUGGAAAUAAUAACGGAACUGGAAACAGCAAGGAGACAAACAGGGAGUCCCUGAACAGGUCCCUGCCGCGUAACAAUUCCAGCCGAGACUCCUUAAACAAAUCCUCCUCGCUGUCCCGCGCCCGAGACUCGCUGGAGUCUAACAACCUCGGCACGUCCUCAUCCCCUGGGACGACUCCUCCUCGAAGACCGCCCGCCCCUGCACGCCGUUCCUACAGCCUGGCACGCGCGUCAACAUCUGUUGAUACCGAGAACGGCAAGAGACUCUCGACCGACAUUUGUCUUAAUUACGACGAAUCGCCCGACGAUCCACAACCAAAAUGUCUGAUCUGGAGCGCAGGCGAGCGUGCGUUCGAGCCCGUCCCCGGCGGUCCAAUACAGAAAAUGGCCCCUUCUCGCGUGCCGCCGGUUUUUCUCAGUUGCACCGAACCACCGAGUUCUUGGUGCUCAACGAACGGCAGCUUCCGGCACAGCGAUUCCUCUUUGUAUCCGGAUUCCUUGAAUCAAGAGACUUCGUCGGUGACCGGUACGACCAAAGUGGAAUUUAUCAUUGGUUCGCCUAUCAGACGUUUUCGGCAAAGUUCUGUCUGGCCCCAUCGUUAUUUCGAUAGCAUAGAUUCAGCAGCUAUGUUGCCAGAAAGCCUGUUAUCGGACGAGUUUUCUCUUCGUCGUGGCGAAGGACUUGCUGAAUGCGAUUCCCUCGAGUGUUGUCUGAUUUCAAAUGACAGCUAAAUCGGGAAGUUCGUAGUUUGUCAACUUGUCAAUGAAAAUACUUAAAGAAUCUUGAUGGUUUGGCUCAUUUAAUUGAUAAGAAGGAAGACAUUUGAAGAUAAAGAAAGAUAUAUUCUGCGCUUGAAUAAGAAGCUCAAUAGUUACGAGUUUAAAUUAAUCUGAGUAUUAUGUAGUUUAACGAUUAAGAAAGUUCGCAUUAGGCUUCAAGUGCUGAAGAUUAUUUCCAUUAUUACGAAUCUGUAACAUUGAUUUUAUCUGACAUAUUUCUAUUUUCUAUGUCUGCUAUGACUAGCGAUGUUUCUGAAGUAUUGUUUAAUUUGAAUAUAGAAUUUUAUAUAAUUUCUUCUCAAAGUUGCAGUUUAUUAUGUUUUAUUACCUUUGUUUUAAGCGAAAGACAAAUCUGACAAGAAAACAAAUUUUUUUGCCAAGGAAAUGAUGUUGUAGAUCAUGAACUGCGAGCUUAAAGCAUCAAGAUUCUUUAAUAUACAAUGAGAUUGACGACCAUAGACUAUUUUUAUAGAAGCUGAUUGCUCCACUUAUCAUCUCAUUCUAUUCAUUGUUCCACUUUCACUUCACAUUUUCGGUACGUUUUUGUGAUUUUCAUAUGCAGUUUAUGAAUCAGACUUUAUUUCAGACACUAUGGAAUUCUAUUAAUAACUGACAUGAAAUUGAUUGAUUUCUAAUUCGAGCAUGAAAAUUAUAUACGUUUACACAAACAGAUUGAGAAUCACGUAUGGCAUAUACAUCGAUGUGUGUUCAUUUGCAGUGUCGAAUGGAAGAUAUAUUGAUAUAUCAAAUUUUCGGUCCAAAUUUUCUUAUUUGUUGAAAGUGCAACAUUCUAAAUAUGUAUGUAUUUUUUAAUAGUCCGAUGAAAAGAAUCAUGGCGACAGACGAUAAUGAUUGCGAAAAUUAUCGUCAAUUUAAUUUCUUAUUUUAUACAUGCGAGCAACUUUAUGAAAUCAAUUUAAACAGUUGAAUAGACUAAUCGGAGAAUGUGAGCCAAAAUAAUUUUAUCAAUCGAUAAUCGAUCGCAUAAUAUGAAACAAUAUAAUUUAAAAAAAUGACAUUUUUUCUAUGAACUUUGGUCAAAUUAAACCAAAGUUACCUUUUUCACACUUUAAAGAUUAAUACAUACAUUUAUACAUUUUCAUUGUUUAUCAACUUUGAAUUACAUGUAACAUAUUAUAACGAGUUGCUAAUAUAUAUAAAUUAAUGCGAAAUGUACGACACGUUGAACGGAGGAUAUGGUUAUUCUUGAGUACCUUUAGACAAUGAGUGAAAAUCUUGAAAUAUAUUAUAAAUGGAUUUUCACUGUAUCCAUGAUAUAUUUAAAAGAUAUCUUCAGUUUCAAAUACUGCAACAUCGUUAAUUAUGACGCAAAAAAGAAAGAACAAUUUUUAUUAUUGCGUUUGUUAAUUGUCCAAUAAGUAUUCAGUUAAUUCUGACAUUUUUUUAUUGAUAGAAGGUUUGAAGUAUUUUGAGAAAUAUAAUUUGUAUUUUAAUAGGGUCCACUUCAAAAGAUUUUUAUAAAUCGGUGAAUUGCAUUUUUUCGUAUCAUAUACUGCACCAAGCAGUUGUGCAUACUUAGGCAACCAACUUCAAGAAUAAGUUUGUUCGACAAACUUUUAAUUACUUGAUAAACCAGUCCAGUAGAGAACAAGUUUUUUGUUAUUUUCAUGUAAUCAUUGAUGGACUUUUUGAAAUGUAUACAUCAGUGCAUUUUAGAUUUGUAUCUUUAUAUCUUAAGACUGUAUCCUUAUCUGCUGCUACAAAAUUGCUUUUGUUAUUGUCGAAUCAUCUUUUGUAUAGAAUUAUAAAUGACGUGAUGGAAAUGUUUUCGAUAUUUAUAUGCUUUCUAUUUACACCGAAUUGAUUCUAUUAGUCUUUUCAUGCGAGACGUUAGUUUCCUUUUUUAUCAAAAUUAUCCUUGUAAAGUUAUCAAAAAAUAUUCUACUUUUUCAGAAUAACAGUUAUAAUAUUUUUACUUGCUGUAUUACAAUUUUUGCAAUAUAAUAUGUUUAAACUUUUGAUAGAGAAAAUAAAUAAGAACAAAGUAUUCGUAAAAUGAACAGUAAUAGAACAAUGAAUCGAAGUAUUUGUCGUUCGCCAUUUUACUAAAAAUUUUGUUUUAAAUAAUUUUCUCCAUCAUGAGUCUAAAAUUACAAAUUCGUUUAUAAAUAUUCAAUUCUUUUUAUUGAUAUUGAUGAAAAUUUUGUAUCAUUUUAUGAAACGUAUUAUAUUAAUUAUAAAAUAGAGGUAAAAAUAUCACUCUGUUAUCUUAUCGUUUCAAAGUCAAAUUUGCUGAUAAAAUAUUGUUUACUUCAAUAUUUGACAUAAUAGAAAAUUAUAAAUUAACUAUUUCUCUCGUUGUAUGUAAGUAGGCAUGAAAAGAUUAAUAAUAGCCGAACACAAAUGAUAUUACGAUCACUAACACAUUCCAUGCUGCAAAUUCGACAGUUUCAUAUUCCAUAUAGCAUUUGUACCUUUCAUUUAAACUUGCGUUGUGAUUAAUGUAAUUUAUUUAUUGUAUGCGUGUGAAAUGUACAAUCGCGCAGAUUUUCAUAUACAUAGAGAAGAGAAUAUCUUCAUAUGUAAAGAAGAAAAUUCAUAAGGAGACACCCUUUCGAAAACCGCGAUGUUGAUUCUUGAGUCUCUAGAAAUUCUUCCUUGGAAAUUCUGGAAGGGAAAAAAUGAAGAAGCAGAGAAAAAAGCCUGGUCGAGUGUACGAAUUGAUUGUAUAAAAGCUUUUCGUAGGAACACACAUAUCGGAUGAGAUAGUGUGAAAAUGUAUCUUUGACAAUAUCCUUGAUCACCGCAAUAUAGAUAUUCAUAAAUUUUAGAUCUUAACUAACUGUCAAACUUUUGCUCUAAUCGAGUCGUGUAGAAAUUUCUCAAUGAUUGUUACGAUUAAGUGUUUGUUUGGGGCAUUUUUCAAUAUUCGAAGAAUUCUUAUCCUUUGUUCAAAUGACUUUUUUUUAUUCAAAAUUACUAUAAUUAUUCAAGUUUAACAAUAUUUAAAAAUAUUCUCAUAUUAUUUUUAUUUAUCUAAAGUUCUACAGAAAUGGACAUGUUAUUUUUUUCCUAGACCGAACUGUUAAUUAUAUUGAAUAUUUAAAUUAUAUAUAAGUAUUAAAAAUAUAAUUAUAAAAGCAAAUUAAAUUAUAUCUAAAAUUAUCCAAACUAUAUUCAAUGUUGCUAUCGUAUUUAGUUUUUCUCAAAUUAUACUAGUAAUUAGAUUUACUUCAUACCCUUCGAACUCAAGAUGAGGCGUUGCAUUUAUUCUGUAUGUGUGUGUGUGUGUGUAUGUGUGUGUGUUGAGUGUGUACUUUAGUUUCAAGAGUAUUCUUGAAUUGUCUUUUCUUUGAAUUGUCCUUCCUUGAUUCUCCGUUUUUCCAACAGUAAACGCAUUCAUUCCGCUCCUUUUUUCUCUCCCUGUUUUAGUAUUUCUUUUACUGUUCCUUUAACUGUGUUACUUUCACCUUUUUACAUUCAUGCAGCAUAUGUUUCAGUGACUUCUUCCUUCUUCACUACAUACAUAUUUCCUCUUUCUUCGUUUGCACAUCUGAACCUGGCAGUAAGCUUUGAUCUCUGCCUUCGUAGUGCUCAUUUAAAUAUUUCAUUCUUUAGUUAUCUCUAAUUUCCUUAUAAUGCGUGUUAUAUCUGCUUUCUACUAUUCCACUAUAUUAUCAUUGUGACUGCUCUGUCCUGUUCAUUUGCGCUGGGGCUUCAGCAAGGUCUUUCUCCCUUCUUUUUUCCAUUUGCACUUCUUUAAUACCUGUCAUUUUCUGUCUGUGGUAUGUGUCUGUAAUUUCUUCCCAGUUCGACUUCUUAUCUUCUUCCUUCGUAUCUAUUUCCCUUCAAGAUUCUUGUAUUAUUUUAUACUUAUUUAACCGUUUGGUUUUCUCCUCGCAUCUUGUUGCUCUUUUCCCUGCCUCUAUCCUUACUUUAUUCUAUCCAUUCGUUUUGGUUUCCUCGAGGACUAAACAUUAGAAACUAUGGAAUGAAACCCAGAGCCAUUAUCCACCUAAUAUAUUUCUCUCAUAUAUUUUGUAUUCAUGCUUUGCUUCCUUCCUGCCUCAUAUUUCUGCAGCGUACAUCAAAAUACUUUUAAUCAUACUCCUAAAAAUUCUCAUUCUCCUUUCAAUUUCCUGAAAAUAUGAUUACAUCAAAAAGAGAAUUCUUUUUCUUCGAAAUUUUUCGAAUCUUCAAAUGUCCCAGAUAUUCUCACUUAAAAAUAUACACGUGUAAUAAAAACAAGAAAAGAAGAAAUAAACGAAUAACUGCGUGUUGAAAAAGCGAGAAAAGAGAACGUCAAAGAGAAGCAUAUCGUUUUUACUAUAAAAAGAGGAAGCAUAUUCGCUGUCGUGAGGUAGACUGAUAGGUCAACGGACCUAGAAUUAGUCGGAUCGUAUGAUUUGAAUGUAACGACUCGGUAAGAAACACUACGUACCACACAGUUCCUUGCUUCAACCAAUUUCGUUAUUUAUAAAAAGUAAGGGAAAAAGGGUUAGCGACCGUCAAGACAUCGAGCAUUCGUGCGUUUAAUUACAGUGAUCCUAGUUAUUACAAUGUACGUUAACUGUACGAAGAAAGAGAGAGAGAGAGAGAGAGAGAGAAGAAAAAAUGAUUAAAAGAAGAAACAUGUGAUUAACUUUUAGCUGAACUCACAUAGGACUGACGGAUUUUACUUAUAUUAUUGUUUUAGUGCCUAACUAUUUUUACGCGAAUAGUAAAGGAGAGAUUGUGCGAAUGUGCGAGCGUGUAACAAAGAGUAAGAGAGAGAAUGAAAGGGAGAAUGAAAAACCAAAACCGAAGCCGUGUGACUUGCGAAUGAGUUUCCGUUUUUUAGCCGCUACCUUUGUGUCGCGAAACGAAAACGCAUAAAUACGAAUAAAGAAAGAGAAACGAAGGACGAUAAAUGCUCAGAUAUGAAUUCUGCACAUUCGUAUAUGUACAGUUGGCGGACUAAUUUAGUGUGCUGACUGGAGGCUAUUAUUUUUAUACCUUAAUUGAUGACUGUGAGAACGAGAGCGAUUAGAGUGUCGAGCGGACUGCGCCGACCUUAGCAACUUCCUUUUUUCUCGAUGAUAGUACCUUCAUCGUCGUUGUAUUAUAAUUGAUUAUUAGACUUAUUAUCGGGUUCGUGCCACCGUGCUUCGGCUCACUGACUAAACGGUGGUUUUAUUAUCGAUACCACACCCGACACAAUUUAUAUAUGUAUAUACGUAUUACGGCAUCGUGAUUUAUUUAAAAAAAGUUAGUUUAAAUGUACAGAUGAAUCUGUGUAACGAUAUCUGCGAUAAUGUGAUCCGAUUAAUAAAUACGAUAUUACGUA